AAGCCCCAUUUUUACUUUGUGGCUGUGGUAACUAGUGGAAAAUAAGUUGUUAUGCAGCUAUGAAAUAAACGUAGCAAGUUACCGUUCCAGCUCGUCCUGAAGUCAGAUGAUUGAAUAACAUUCGGUUUCUUGCUUGUUAGCCACGGUAAAUACAACAAACACGGCUUACAAGCUACCUAGUUUAGCUGCUUAGCUUGUACAUCGUGUUCUUGUUCAACAAUAAACGAUUUGUACCUAACGUGAAGCAACAAUACUCACUGCCCCCGAAACGCAACAGUAACAUCUACAGUAAUCUGUUACUACUAGACUCAACAAGAAUGGCUCCUCACAAGGUUGUUGUCAAGUGUGGGAGAUAUGCUGUGUUGGUGGAUCUCCAGAUCACUGGGCCUCUGGGCCGCGGAGCACCACAGGAAACCAGCUGGUUCACUAUGGAGCACACUGAGGAGGUCACUAGUCUGGUGAGAGAUGCUGUGGACCGGAGGGUGAGGCUCUACAUAGACUGCCUUCACAAAAGAGGACAGCCCAAACACAAGAGAGAGCUGCCACGUGCCAACCCCCUCUGUGUGAAAGGGAGAAGAGUUAGCUUGGUGGCCAACUUCGUGAAGAGACAUUUCAACCUGCGGUGUAUUGUCAAGCAUCAGUACGGAGAGCUGCGUGUGUUUCCUGAGCGUUAUGUGGUGUGUGUGAGCCGACUGGAGGAUGCCUCAGCUAACCCGACCCCAGCCGUAACCGUGAGUCAGAGUACAGAGUCCCAGUAUUUUUCCAGGCCAGCAGCAGAAACCAGAGAUGAACUGAACUCCUCCACAAUAACAAAGAGAAGUUCCCUCCAGAAGAUAGCCAGACACGCGAACGCCAGGCCCCGACCAGAAACCCAACCUCUGCCCUGCGGAUCGGUCCUGGGGAAGAAACUGCACUCUGAGCAGAACGGAGCCCCAGGAGAGCAGGUUCCGGAGCCCCAGGAGAGCAGGUUCCGGAGCCCCAGGAGAGCAGGUUCCGGAGUCCCAGGAGAGCAGGUUCCGGAGCCCCAGGAGAGCAGGUUCCGGAGCCCCAGGAGAGCAGGUUCCGGAGCCCCAGGAGAGCAGGUUCCGGAGCCCCAGGAGAGCAGGUUCCGGAGCCCCAGGAGAGCAGGUUCCGGAGUCCCAGGAGAGCAGGUUCCGGAGCCCCAGGAGAGCAGGUUCCGGAGCCCCAGGAGAGCAGGUUCCGGAGCCCCAGGAGAGCAGGUUCCGGAGCCCCAGGAGAGCAGGUUCCGGAGCCCCAGGAGAGCAGGUUCCGGAGUCCCAGGAGAGCAGGUUCCGGAGCCCCAGGAGAGCAGGUUCCGGAGUCCCAGGAGAGCAGGUUCCGGAGCCCCAGGAGAGCAGGUUCCGGAGCCACAGGAGAGCAGGUUCCGGAGCCCCAGGAGAGCAGGUUCCGGAGCCCCAGCCACCGACCGUCCAGCCCAGGCUUACCACAGACGCAGUGCUGCCCCACGGCCAUCCCUCAACAUCCACUGACCCCACAGUACAGGCUGGGGCUGUGGGAGGGGUGGGUCUCACAGAGGGGAAGCAAAGAGAGAGUGUUGGGCUCCCAGGGAACACU